UCCACAGCAGGUCGUUGCUCCGUCUGCUCCCUCCGUUCCAACUCUCCCUCUAACCUCCAGCUCGCCAGCACCCUCAGCCGUCGCAGGUUCCCUCCCAUGGCGCCCAGCUGAGCAUCUUCUUCCCCACCUCUUGCCGCCCACGUGCCAUUCCCUGGAAGGUGCUCGCGCGUCCUCAUGUGCUUGUCAGGGACUCCGGCAUCUAGAUUCUGACUCCAUGCCGGCGCUGCCCUCUCAUGCUCGCCGAGCUGCUCUCAAAUGGCUGCUCACGAGUUUCCCCCAGCCCCGUCAGCUUGCCGGUCUCCAUCUCAGCGCGUGAGCUCCUCUACAGGGCUCAACAGCCGCCGUUCUGCGCCACUAGACCACGCCCAACGCAUACGCAGUCCGUCGCUGGGACUCCAUCAGCGCUGAUGUCGUUCUUCUUCGUCAACAUCCACCAGCCAGCGCCCAUCCUCGCCACCAACCACACUCGCCCGGAUCCGCGACUCCCUGGUACCAGCCGACCGUCCCUGUGCCCCACGCCCAGAUCGACCUGGCCCCAUGCUCGACUGCUCGUUGUCCAAUCCAUCCAGGCAUCAACGUCGACAUAUGCUCCUCUGCUGCUCACCUGGACUGAAGCUGCCAAGCUGUCGAACUCCAUCGCGCCCCUCCGUUCAGGCCGCGCCCUGCUCGGCUUCUCUGGUGCACGCGCAGUUCAUCGGCCAAGUCCCCUCACCGGCAUCCUCCACAGCUCGCCCUACCACGCCGAUGCCCUUCCCUAUUUAGCCGUUCGUCGAGGUCGCCAAUGGCCUUCAUCAAUGCCGCACCUGCUCCGAUCUCAUGUAGCUCGGUCCAACUGUGCAUCGCUACCACUCUUCUGUCCAUGGAAAUCUGCUCCACCGGGCCGCACCUCACCUGCGAUGUCGUGCACACCAAGCCGAAGUGUCGUCGCUGCUCAUACUUCGUUUGUCGGUCACCAUGGGCAUGCCCUACAGUUGCGUUUCUUCCCCAGCGUUGGCCGCCAUUCACAGCACUCGGCCUCAGGUCUUCGAGCUCCCAAGCCGACCUCCUUCAUUAGUCUCAAGCUCCGCCCCUUCGUGCUCGACGUAAAGCCUGAACCGAAUGUCAUCGCCGUUUCGCAAUUGUCAAGUCAAAAUUUAGUCAUGAUUUGCUAGUUGAUCACGUGAUGCGUGGCACAAGAGCCGAGGCGAGCCCAAGAUGAUGUAACGGGUGGGCUACUCCACAAGGUAAUGUUGGUGGAUCAACCUAAAGAUGGAUAAAUCAAGCAAGUGCUCGCCUAAGAGAUGUUUGGAUCAAGCGCUAGGAUGUGAGAUGCUCGCCAAGUGGACGUCAUCUAACAAACACUAACCUAGUGUUAUUCCAGGCAAGCCCCAGUGUAUUAUCCCUUUUCCUUGUUGUUUUAAAAUCUUUAUCACCUUAUAUGAUGCAUUAGGUGAUAGGAGUUGUGUGCUAAACAAUUUAUGCAUUCCCUUCCUUGGAAACCGAUUACCAUUCCUUGUUACCUGAUUU